UUGAGCUGCUGAUUGCUGAAGAAAGAAGAGUUGUAGUUUUUGUUUACUUUUACUUUGUUGUUGUUAAGUUAUCUACAGUAGUAAAUUAUCUCGGUCUUCAUAAGCUAAGGCAUAAGAGAGUACGUUGUAGCACGAAAGGGUAGAAAAUUAUAUUAAUGAAGAAGUCUUGUGGUAUUCAACGGUGUGAUAGCAUUGACUAAUGGUGACUAGGAAAAGUUCUAAGUGACUAGGCAACGCCUACUAGAAGUACUGUACGGUAUCUGAUUUAGUGCUUAUUCAAACUACAACAAAUUUGUUUUACUUAUGAUUCCUAAGUAGGUACUGGUUAGGUUACUAAUACAUGGUUAAGAGUACUUCGUAUAAAUCCAAGAAGAAACAAUGCUUUUGUUUAAAAUAAGUUUUCUCUAGGCUAGGCUAAUUGAUUUUUUUAGCUAGACCUAACCUACAAUGUUUCACAAGAAUGCUUUAUUUAUUAACGGAACAUUUUUGGGGUUUUGUGGAGUAAGUUUAUGUUUCACCGAUCUAAUGAACGUAAUCCACUGUGAUAUAGUCCUCACAUCAACUGCAGAGUGGUUCAUGUCUAAACUAAUGUUCAUUUUCCAGUUUGUUAUUUUCUUCUGCUUUAUCUCAAUUGUAUUUGUUAUAAUUUCUUCUCAUUUCGCACAAGUAAAAGUUGGGAAAUCUUUUGAAAAUAGGCUUACAAUAGCUUACAAGUUUGGCUAUGUUGAUUCAGUAUCUACUGUGGCUAUCAAAUGGAUCUACCGGCUCUUCCCAUCCAGUGACAAAGUUCAAAUUUUCUAUGAAAGCAAGUCAGGGCCACUAGGUAUAGCAUACGGUGUGGUCAUUCCCGAGCCACUGACGGAUGAGAAGAAGCUAAGUUUGCUCAGCAAUGGUUAUAGUUUUCUCAGGACAAAGCCAAUUUCUAAUGCCGUUUACAUCUCAAGUCCAGCUAUACCUUGGCUUUCCUACUUCGGCCAGUGGCUUAUUCUUUGUGUCAUCUACCCUAAGCUGUACAGGUACAGCAAGACUCACAAACUGAGUGCCUAUCCAGUCAUUGAACUCUACAAAACCUUCUCUGUGUCUCUCAUCGCUCCUCUGAGCCAACAGGACAUUUUUGUAGUUCCUGAAGCUGAGUGUUUGAUGCAACGCUCCUCAAGACUUGACGAUAUGGUCAAUUCCUCCGUGGCUGAGAAGUCUAUGUCUACCAGCUAUCAUUCUACGAGAGUUAAGCUUAGCGAAACUACUAAAUUGUCACCCAGACUCAGUUUAACUCCAAUCAGUAGUGUUAAAAAUACUAAACUCUCUCUGGAACGGAGCCUAACGCCCCUCGGUAGUUGUUAUGUUGCCGUCGGUAAAAUCAUACUUAAGCAUAGCUUGACCCCUGUCAACAACAAUGACGUCACCGUAGUUGUACGAUCGUCCACUCCCUUGGUAUCCAACGGUCACCAUGUCAACGGACAGCAUUAGUGCGAGGUAAGACUGAUUUAUUUGUAGUGAAUAACGAGUAAGCGAACUGAAUUGUAUAGCUGAAUGGCUUACACACUUGUUCUUAUGACGAAGAAUAUACUUGUUCUUUGAGCCAUGGUAAAAUUUUUGUGUUACCAAUGUUUAAAAAAUUACAAAAUUUAGUAAUAAAUACCUAUGUUAUUUUUUAUGAACAAACACAAGUAUGAGAUAGGAAAUUAAAUCUGCUUUUACAGCCUAGCUUUGUUAAUCAAUAUAUAAUGUAUGCUUUAGCAAUUUUCCAUAAUUUUUCAUACGGUUUGGUUGAUAACAUCCUGUUGCGUCAAACCAGUUCUUGUUGACAUUGUUUAAAUAUUUGUUUGUAAUAAUUUGAUGUUGAAUAAACCAGUCGUAAUCCAUGAAACCAUUACUUCUGUUGUCUUAUGUUUUUUAUGGAUUGGUUUGCUGACCUAAUGACUUAGAUUUGACUUAAGCUAUUCAAAGUAUUGUUAUAAAACAUUAGAUAAGGGUGAAAAGUUAAAAGAGCGUUUUACAGCAGGUCCUGAUAUUUUUAGAAUGGCAAGUGUUGCUGAAACUGUCAUUUGAAACACAUGAUUUAUAGACUUCAUACUUUAUGAUGAACGUGGAAUAGCGUAGCAGUAUCAGAGUGUUGAACUGUUGUAAAGUAUCAACAGAAUAGUAAACCACGUGUUUAAUUUUUUAUAAAAAGCUGCAUUGCCGACUCAUUUGCAACAUAAGGAAAUCUGGAUAUUUUAUCACAUUAGUCCGGAUUUCCAAGAUUACAACAGACCAGUGUCCAGAUCCAAUUAGAAAAUAAAUAGGCUAAUCUUCUUGAAUAAAAAUAAUCAAGAACAGGUGUGUAAACCAGUUAGUUGAUAGACUGAAGUAAAAUGUUCCUUUCAACAAGGUUGUAACGAUAUCAACUUGUAUUUCAUAUGUAUUAGACUAGUCUCAAAUACUAAGUAGAGCAAGAAAGGUAAUACAGAAAGUUUAAAAAUAAUUAAGAUGGUACUAGACUAGGCAUAACUACUGCAUUAGUAGGACCGUGGGAUAUAUUUAUUUGAGUUAAGCCUCUGAAUCAAUGAUCAAUACGUGUACUGGUGAAAUUAUCGGUCAAGCGGUGGGCAACACGGAAGUCGAGUCUAGACUGCUCUACUAAUAUAUUAUAUUCUUGAGUGUGGCAGAUUGCGUGAAAAUAUAAUAAUAAUAUCUAUGGUUCUUACCGUCAACGCAAUCAGGGGUAACAUGAAAGGGGUUCCAUCAGGGGUUCCAUCGUAGUAACAUCAGGGGUUCCACUACAGCCGUUUCGGAGAAGACUCCAUCGCACCCAGGGGGUGGAAUAUUACCCCUGAUUGCGUUGACGGUAA